AUGUCGGACCCGCUUGCUAUUGCAGAGUCCUUCGGGUGGGCAAAAGCUGUGCGGCUUGCAGCGGAGCAGAGCUUGGCUGCCUGCAACAUUGAGCGAUCGCUGCUCCUUCAAGGGCCAGGCACAGAUACGGAAUUCAGUGGCGGGGCCAGCGGUUGGGAGGUUGCUGCUCAGUGCUUGGGUUCAGCAUUCUUGGCACAUGGGUACAAAACCAGAAUCCAUCCUCUCAGCGCAUGCGAAAUCAACGGCAAAAUGCAGACAGCUCUGCUUCAUAGACUCCCGCCCACAGCGCACUUGUUUACGGACAUUAUGGAGAUUUUCGGGGAAGGGCCUACUUGGCCGCGCUCCCUUAUGGCUUUGUCAAACCCUUGCCACAUAGAGGAGGAUCUGCAUCACCUGGCGGAUGCACGGAAGGUUGCCAUGACUGACGCUUUCUCCUGCUACUUGCCCGCAGAGAUCAAAAGGGCCCAGGUCUAUGCUGAGAAGUAUUUAUUUUUAGAUGAAGGUGCAAAAUGCCCUCCAUGCGACCUAGUUUGCCAUAUCGGGGAUAACCCUGCGGGCACCAAGAAAUCAACAGGUUGGUGCACAUGGUCAUGCAAAUCAGGAAGGCUACCAACAAUUCGAAGGAGCAGUGGCUUGUACAUAGCCAUUUUUCACAACCGCCACCUGCUGCUCAAAGAAAUGUAUUUGUCUAUGGGUUACCCAAGUUAUCCGCUGGCAGCACAGUCUGCGGGGGUUGCUCAAUACGAAACAUUUGUCCCUGGCUUGACCUACUUUGACUCACUUCGUGCCUUAGGCAAUUCAAUGCACGUGGCACAGGUUGGUGUGGCUAUGGGUUGUUUGUUGCUUUGUAGUACCACCAAGCCAUAG